AUGGUCAAUUCUGAUCAAAUACCAUGCAUGAUAAAUGUUAUAUCCAAAAUGGAAACAUCAUCGGAUGAAAAAGGAUCAGAUUCAUCGACAGAUGAUCAAAAUAGUCCAGACUCACAUGGCUUGAUAAAUUUUGAUACGAAGAAAUGCCUUGAUAAUGUAAAUGGAACACUUCUUGGUAUUACUGCCGACGAAGCUGAAGGAAUUUGGAGUGCUGAUAUUGAACAGAGUUUUCUGGAAGCAUUAGCCAUCUAUCCACCAUGUGGUAGACGUAAAAUUAUCUUAACUGACGAAGGAAAAAUGUAUGGACGUAAUGAAUUAAUAGCUCGUUAUAUCAAAAUCCGAACGGGAAAAACACGUACACGUAAACAAGUGUCAUCACAUCUUCAAGUGCUCGCCAAACGUCGUUCAAAAGAAUUGCAGCUGUUACGAAGCAAUAAAGAAGCUCAACAAAUGAUACUCGAUAGAUUAAAACGGUAUACGUCUGCUGAAAUUGUAUCGAUGAAUGUAGACGAUAAUAAUAAUAAAAGUGGUAGAGAUGAUGAAGAAGACGAAUCUCCAUCUCAAAAACCUUUAGUACAAAUGCCUGUAAUACAAAAAGUUGAAAAAAUAGAACAGAAUGGUAAGCAGCAGCCACAUGACAAUAAUUAUAAAUCACCUAAACAUCGUCCAUUGAAUAAGUCAGUAUCUCUGGUUCAAACGAGUAACGUUGUAUCAAUGUCAAUCUCAACAAAUGCACAUAAUGAGAUUCCAUUACACAUCAAUAAUAUUCUUCAUCCACUUCAUGCUCAAAUUAAAACAAGCGAGACGACAAAAUGUGGUCCUAUUGUGAACCACUUUUCAUCCGUAUCUUCACCGUCUUCUGCAUCCAUAUCGCCUAAAACUUCGCCAGAUGCAAACACAUUAAUAACAAAUCGUCUCCAACCAUCAGUUGUUGUUUUGUCACAACAAUCAUCAAUCUUAGCGAAAAAUAAUUUACUUGAUAUCUCAUUGAAUCAGACUACAAUGUCAUCGAGACAAACUGAGCAUAGUAGAACUCAGUUUAAUGAACGAAAUAAUAAUAGAGUAACAAUUCAACCAAUAACGACGUCAUUAUUUACAUCGAUAAUUGAAACCGGACAAUAUCUAGAUACAUCGGUGCUUCGUCCAAAUAAUCCCGUAACAACAACAAAUCUUUUAUCAAGUUGUUCAUCAAGUCCCUGUUUAAAUGUGACCACCGCAGCAUCUCCAUCUAAUCCACGUUGUUCCUCUUCUCGUUCGUCAGCUUCUUUACCACCAUCGUCCGCGUGCUCAUCUACUUCAUCAUCACUUUUUCCUUCGUCAUCGAGUCCAUCAUAUCUUAGUCAAGCUUUCAUUGGUGAUGAACAUUUUCGUUUAUAUGAAAUAAAUGCAUUCGUUGAAAUCAAAAGAUCAAAUUCUAUACAAGAAUGUAAUUAUUCGACUUCGUAUCAAACACAAGAACAACAAGCUGUAAUACAUCAUCAUAAUAUAAUUCAUUUAAAUUCAAACGAUUUACAAUUUAAAAAUGUACAACCAUUUGAAAAAAUUGCCAUUCAUCAAAUAUGGGAUAAAUUUCCAUCGCAUGAUGGUCUAAAAGAUUUAUUUGAACAAAAUCCUACAGGACAAUUUUAUUUAAUUAAAUUUUGGGCUGAUGUUAAUUUUUUACGUUCAGAUAUAAAAUUGAAAGAAAAAGAAACAUUUUAUACAUCUUAUAUAUUUGAUAGUACAGGUUUUAAUUAUGGUAUUCAUGUUUCAACAAGACUUUGUUCAUUUGGUAAACAAGUAUUAGAAAAAGUUGAAACAACUGAAUCAACACAAAAACAUGUCAAUAAUGGUCUAGAACAUUAUUUCUAUCGAUUUGAACGUUCAUCAUUAUGUGAUUAUAUGGUACAAUUUAUACAAAAACUACGAUCAUUACCAACUUAUUCUCUAAUGAAUAGUGUUUUAGAAAAUUUUACCGUAUUACAAGUUGUCAAAUGUCGUGAUACUCAACGAUUAUUAUUAUGUAUUGCUUAUGUUUUUGAAAUUGCCACGUUUGAUUCAGCAGGUCCACAAUAUCAUGUUUAUAAACUUGUUGAAAUUAUGGCUGUUGGCUCACAACAUGUCCAAUUAUUACAAGCAUUCAAAGCGUGUGUGCCUCCUUUAGUUUACACUAGCCACAAAGGAGAAGCAGGUGGAAGAAUAGGAGUUAUUGGUGGAUCGAAAGAGUAUACGGGAGCACCAUAUUUUUCUGCUAUGGCUGCAUUUCGUACCGGUGCUGACCUAAUUCAUGUAUUUUGUACUGAUGGUGCAUCGGUAACAAUAAAAAAUUAUUCUCCCGAUCUCAUCGUUCAUCCAAUAUUAGAUGCCGAUAAAUUUAAAGAUGAAAUUCAACAAUGGCUACCACGUUUGCAUUCUCUGAUUAUUGGACCAGGUCUUGGACGUGAAAAAAAUGUUUUAAAAAAUGUAACACAUGUUAUUGAAGAAAUUAAAAAACAAAAACAACAAAUUCCAAUUGUUAUUGAUGCUGAUGGUUUACAUUUGAUAACAGAACAACCAGAUUUAAUUAAAGGUUAUCCAAAUUGUAUUUUAACACCAAAUGUAGCUGAGUUUAAACGAUUAUCGGAAAAAUUAUCAAUUCAAGUAGAUGAUUCGGAUAAAAAGCAGGCUGUUCAACAAUUAGCCAAUAAAUUACAGGUGAAUGUAUUGAUGAAAGGACAUCAGGAUAUUAUAUGUUCACCACAUAUGUCAGAACAACAAUUAGAAGCAGUACAAUGUAGCGUUGAUGGAAGUCCAAGAAGAUGUGGUGGACAAGGCGAUCUAUUAUCCGGUGCGUUAGGCACAUUUUACUUUUGGUCAGUGAAAAAUAAAGAUAAAUUAGAUACAUUGAGAACAAAAUCAAAUCCACUAAAUCCCGCUCAAGUUGCAUGUUAUGCAGCGUCCACGCUUGUUCGAUUAUCAUCACAACAUGUAUUCGAAAAAUUAGGACGUUCUAUGUUAAGUGCAGAUAUAUUGAAAGAAAUUGGCUCUUCAUUUUCUCAACUAUUUGAAAAACAAUCACAACAACAACAACAAUUAGAAGAAUUAUAA